AUGAACUUGCCGCCUGACAAAGCCCGGCUUCUGCGGCAGUAUGACAACGAGAAGAAGUGGGAGCUCAUCUGUGACCAGGAAAGAUUUCAAGUGAAGAAUCCUCCACAUACAUACAUCCAGAAGUUGAAGGGCUAUCUGGACCCGGCUGUAACCAGGAAGAAAUUCAGAAGACGAGUCCAAGAGUCUACUCAAGUACUCCGAGAACUGGAAAUUUCUUUAAGAACAAAUCACAUCGGAUGGGUCAGGGAGUUCCUGAAUGAAGAAAACAAAGGCCUGGAUGUUCUGGUGGAGUACUUGUCGUUUGCGCAGUAUGCAGUCACGUUUGACUUUGAAAGUUUGGAGAACAACGUGGAAAACUCGAUGGACAAGUCCAAACCUUGGAGCCGAUCUAUUGAGGACCUGCACAGAGGCAGUAAUUUACCCUCGCCAGUUGGCAACAGCAUUUCUCGCUCUGGCAGACACUCAACUUUACGGUAUAACACCUUGCCAAGUCGAAGAACACUAAAAAAUUCCAGAUUAGUGAGUAAAAAAGAUGAUGUUCAUGUCUGCAUCAUGUGUUUACGGGCCAUAAUGAAUUACCAGUAUGGAUUCAAUAUGGUCAUGUCGCAUCCACAUGCCGUUAAUGAAAUUGCACUAAGUUUGAACAACAAGAAUCCCAGGACAAAGGCCCUUGUCCUAGAACUUUUAGCAGCUGUUUGCCUCGUCAGAGGAGGGCAUGAAAUCAUUUUAUCUGCAUUCGAUAACUUUAAGGAGGUGUGUGGAGAGAAACAGCGCUUCGAGAAGCUGAUGGAGCACUUCCGAAAUGAAGACAACAAUAUAGACUUUAUGGUGGCCUGCAUGCAGUUCAUCAACAUCGUUGUCCACUCGGUGGAGGACAUGAACUUCAGAGUCCACCUGCAGUACGAAUUUACGAAGCUCGGGCUGGACGAGUACUUGGACAAACUGAAACACACGGAGAGCGACAAACUGCAGGUACAAAUUCAAGCUUACCUGGAUAACGUUUUUGAUGUGGGAGCUUUGCUGGAGGAUGCUGAAACCAAGAACGCAGCCCUGGAAAGAGUCGAAGAACUGGAAGAAAACAUUUCCCAUUUAUCUGAAAAACUCCAAGAUACGGAGAAUGAAGCCAUGGCAAAGAUUGUGGAACUGGAAAAACAACUUAUGCAAAGAAACAAAGAACUGGAUGUGAUUCGGGAAAUCUACAAAGAUGCAAAUACCCAGGUCCACACCUUGAGAAAAAUGGUGAAGGAAAAAGAAGAAGCCAUCCAGCGACAGUCAACGCUGGAGAAGAAGAUCCAUGAACUGGAAAAGCAGGGAACCAUUAAGAUCCAGAAGAAAGGUGAUGGUGACAUCUCUAUCCUUCCUGUUGCUCUGGCCUCUGGAAUGGUGCCGGCAGGGUCGGAGGCUGCACCUGGCACAUGUGUCACACCGGUCGCUGGAGCUGCAUCUUCAGUACCAUUACCACCACCUCCACCACCAUUACCUGCCUUAGCAGCGGCGUCUGAGGCAGUGCAAAAUGGUCCUGUGUCGGUGCCGAUGCCACCUCCACCACCGCCGCCGCCACCACCUCCACCGCCACCACCGCCGCCUCCUCUCCCAGGUCCGUCGUUGGAGACGGCUCCUGCGGCUCCACUGCCCCCACCACCCCCGCCGUCAGCACCCCCCCUGCCCGGGACAGCCUCUCCCACCGUGGUGUUCAACUCAGGGCUUGCAGCUGUGAAAAUCAAGAAGCCAAUCAAGACCAAGUUUCGCAUGCCGGUGUUCAACUGGGUCGCCCUCAAACCCAACCAGAUCAAUGGAACGGUCUUCAACGAAAUAGAUGACGAAAGGAUCCUGGAGGAUUUAAAUGUGGAUGAAUUUGAAGAAAUAUUCAAAACAAAAGCCCAAGGCCCAGCCAUUGAUCUUACUUCAAGCAAGCAAAAGAUAACUCAGAAAGGGUCAAACAAAGUCACAUUACUGGAUGCCAACAGGGCCAAAAAUCUUGCCAUUACUUUAAGAAAAGCUGGAAAGACAGCAGAUGAAAUAUGCAAAGCUAUUCACGUGUUCGACCUGAAAACAUUGCCGGUGGAUUUUGUUGAAUGCCUCAUGCGGUUCCUGCCCACCGAGAACGAAGUGAAAGUUCUGCGGCUCUAUGAGCGGGAGAGGAAACCCAUCGAGAACCUGUCUGACGAAGACCGGUUCAUGAUGCAGUUCAGCAAGAUUGAGAGGCUGAUGCAGAAGAUGACCAUCAUGGCGUUUAUAGGCAACUUUGCAGAAAGCAUCCAGAUGCUGACCCCACAACUUCAUGCAAUAAUAGCUGCAUCUGUCUCAAUAAAGUCAUCCCAAAAGCUUAAGAAAAUACUGGAGAUAAUCUUGGCUCUUGGAAACUACAUGAACAGCAGUAAACGAGGAGCUGUGUAUGGAUUUAAGCUACAGAGUUUAGACCUGCUCCUAGAAACAAAGUCAACAGACCGAAAGCAGACCCUGCUGCACUAUAUUUCUAACGUGGUCAAGGAGAAAUACCAGCACGUAUCCCUCUUUUACAACGAACUUCAUUACGUGGAGAAGGCUGCCGCAGUGUCUCUUGAAAACGUCCUCUUGGACGUGAAGGAGCUGCAGAGGGGCCUGGAUCUGACAAAGCGCGAGUACACCAUGCAUGACCACAACACGAUGCUGAAGGAGUUCAUUCAGAACAACGAAGGGAAGCUAAAGAAACUGCAGGACGACGCCAAAAUAGCCCAGGAUGCCUUUGAUGAUGCUGUGAAGUACUUUGGGGAGAAUCCCAAGACGACACCCCCCUCGGUCUUUUUCCCAGUGUUUGUCCGGUUUGUGAAGGCCUACAAGCAAGCAGAAGAAGAGAAUGAGUUGAGAAAAAAGCAGGAACAGGCCUUAAUGGAAAAACUUAUGGAGCAAGAAGCGUUGAUGGAGCAACAGGACCAAAAGUCUCCUUCACAUAAAACAAAGAGACAGCAGCAAGAGCUGAUUGCAGAGCUCAGACGGCGGCAAGUCAAGGAUAACAGGCAUGUGUACGAAGGGAAGGACGGUGCUAUUGAAGAUAUUAUAACAGCCCUAAAGAAGAAUAAUAUCACUAAAUUUCCAAAUGUUCACUCGAGGGUAAGGAUUUCUUCUAGCACACCGGUGGUGGAGGAUACACAGAGCUGGCAAGCAUCACUUUUUACUUAG